AUGGCGCUGAGGGCGCUGCCGGCCCUCCUAUGUUUGGCGGUGCUGGCGCAGGUUUGUCAAUGGAUUCUUCCUGCCUUCGUCACGGGCGCGCCAGCACCGGCAGAAAGAACUCCGAGUGUGGCAAUGCGCAGCCGCAGAUUCCGCAAGCGGGAUAUCGUGGCAUUCAUGACACCGUCAAAGAUGCAGCAGGCUUCUGAGAUGGAGCGCGACAGCGAGGAGUUUGUGGCUGAGGCCAUUGUGGGCGACCCGAGGGGCUUUGCACACGCUUCCGAGCGACUUCGCAGUGACCGUGACUUCGUCAAGAAGAUGGUGAGGGUGAACCCCAGAGUCGUUGAUUUCAUGGACGAAGACCUUUUCGCCGACGAAGAGUUCAUCGAGGAGAUAAAAUGGGAACUGCAAUCAGCUGGCUUUGGUGGACCCCAGAUCUAUGGUUUCAAGGCCGCUUACGGCUUUUGGGGCCGUGGCCGCCGGCACCCAGCCAUGCAUCGGCCAAGGGCCACAAAGCGAUGGCUGCGCCUGAAGAAAGAGAUGAUGGAGGAGAACUCCUAA